ACAAAAUCAAAAUCACAAAUUCAAUAUUUUUAUGCGAGUGCAAUCCAUCAAUCUAAGGAAUCCAUUGUGUUUCUCUCUACAGCUCAGCCAUGGCGAAGGCCGCUUCCUCCCUCUUCCAGUCUCUCCGCCGUUACCUGAAGAAGCCAUGGGAAUUAACCGGCCCUUGCGCCGACCCGGAAUACAAAUCCGCUAUACCAUUGGCCACCGAGUACCGGGUCCUCUGCCCCGCCACCAUCAAAGAGAAGCCCGUGGUCCCCACUUCUAAUCCGGAAACCGUUUUCGACAUCAAGUACUACUCUCGUGACCAGCGCAGGAACCGCCCCCCGAUACGCAGAACCGUUCUCAAAAAGGCUGACGUGGAGAAAAUGAUGAAGGAGAAGACGUUUACCGUCAACGAUUUUCCUCCCGUUUAUUUGACCGCUAAGGUCGAGGAGGAUUAUAACGCCGUCGGUGGAGGUUAUCAGAAAUGAAAAUAGGCUUGUGGGAUUGUAGCAAAAUUUGUGCACCGGUAUUCAUCUCUGUCUCUUUUGCUGUCUCUAAGAAGUGUAGGUCGUUUUAGCAUAGCAAUUUUCCAACACUGCAGUUAAAGAGGAUGUGAUAUUUGAUGACAAUAAGGGUAGUUGCUUGCACAUACAUUUUAAUUGUUUAGUUUACUUUAUUGAUGUAUGUGUUUGUAUAAAAUCCAAAUGCAACUGCAGUUGGCUGAUGAUGAAUUCACUUUAAACUUGUAAGAAUUUCUUCCCAUUAUUAUCUAUUGGAACAUUUUCUU